CAAAUAUAAUACAUGUAGGAGUACUGAGUUGAAGUUGGCUAUUGAAUUCACAACAUCACAUCUCUUCGCUUUCUCUCUCUACACUCAAAUUUUUUCCACUAUGUCCACUCCAUUCACACCGCCGGCGACACCUCACUCGCCAUCUUCUUCCUCCGUCUCCGCCUCCAUUAUGAUUGUCAUCAUUAUCAUCGCUUCCGCCGUCAUCAUCUCCGCCUCGAUCUACCUCCUUCUCCGACUAAUCUCGAAGCGCUUCUCCACCGCCGACGACGUCGUCGUCUCCUCCAACCGCCGCGUCGCGCCGAGCGAUCUCCUCCACUCCCUCCCUCUCUUCACCUUCCGCUCCGUCGCGAGGAACCUCAACAGCGGCGGCGGCGAUUGCGCCGUCUGCCUCUCCAAAUUCGAGGCGCGCGAUCAGCUCCGCCUCCUGCCGCUCUGCUGUCACGCUUUCCACGCCGCCUGCAUAGACAAGUGGAUCGCAUCCAAUCAGACGUGUCCGCUCUGCAGGUCCACCGUAUUCCCCUCCGCCUCCGAUGCACUCGAUAAAAUCCUAUCCACCGGCAAUUUGAGCAGCGGAAGCUUCCGUGUUGAAUUCGGCAGCAUCAGUCUCCGCCGCAACGGAGAAUCGGCGGCGGCGGCGGAGGAAUUACCAUCGGCAGGAGCGCCGCCGCGGACGUACUCGCUAGGGUUGUACGAUUACACCGCAGACGAUUAUCUAUACGAGGUGGCGGUAGGGUGCACAACAACUCAUCGGAGAGAAUAUUCCGAUUUCAAUUCGAACGACAAGGAUUCGUCGCAUGCGGAGGAGGUUUCCGGCGGGAGGAGGAGCUGGCUGGCGGAAUACGUGGAGAGACUGGCGUCAAUGUCGUCGCGUACGAUGUCGUUUAGGAGCUCGGGGAGGUUCUUCGCGGGGAGCAGCCGCCGCAGCGAGGCGGCCGUGGUGCGGGAGGAUUUGGAGGCGAACCGCUCCGGAGAGGAAAUAAGUGAAAUGUUUCGGUGGAUUUCUGGAAUUUAAUUAAUUGUAUUAUAAUAUUUUUGAGAAAUUGAUAAGUUGUAAUUGAUGAAUUGACACUAGACUAGUUUCAUGCAUCUACUGAGAGCAUCUCCAAUAGGUUAGGACGUCAAAUAGCCCUCAA